GCACUGCGGCGCUACGGCGAGGGGCGGACAAAAUGGUGCGGCCAUUAUUUCCGGCGGUGAGGUUUCUCGAGGCGGUCACGCUGUACGAAUUGUCGUCGGGUUAAGUCGAUGCGUGACAAGUCCGCCCGAGCAUCGGCAUGACGGACACAGACGUGGUCGUGUUGGAGGAUCCCGUCCAGCCGGAGGAACAGACGGCGCACUUCCACGCGCCGGCGAUCCAGCAUAAUCCGGACGGCUGGGGCCCAUGUGAGUUACCGGAUCAGUUUAAGGACAUUCCUUACCAGCCAUUUUCGAAAGGCGACAGAUUGGGCAAGAUUUCCGAUUGGACCACGCCGGCCUUUCAGGACAAAAAGUUCCCAAACAAAUAUACAUCGCAAUUUGGUACAGGCAGUCAGUAUGCCUACUAUCACGAUGAGGACGAAACCACUUUUCAUUUGGUGGACACUACUCGUGUGCAGAAGCCGCCGUAUCAACGCGGCCGCUUCCGUCACAAUCAACGCAACAUGCGCGGUCGUGGCGGUCAACGUGGCGGGUUGAGUCAGAUGCAACAGCUAGGAAAGCUCAAGUUGCGUGAACGGGAACGCAAGGGACAGGCGAAGCGCUGGGGUAGGCAGCAGGGUUUGCGUAAUCACAAGAAUCAGCCGCCUAUCAAGAUCCGCGAUGCUUCCGUAACGGUGAAACCGGACUGGAUAACUAUCGAGGAGAUGGACUUUCCUCGAUUGGCUAAGCUAUCGUUGCCUGGCGUGAAAGACGGUGAGGAUAUAUUGUGCUGCGGCUCACUCGAGUAUUACGACAAGACGUACGAUCGCGUGAAUGUCAAGAGCGAGAAGCCGCUGCAGAGAAUCGAUCGUAUCUUUCAUACGGUCACGACUACCGAUGAUCCGAAAAUUCGACAAUUGUCGAAGAACGAGGGCAACGUGUACGCGACCGACGCGAUCUUGGCCACCAUCAUGUGCUGCACACGCAGCAAUUAUUCGUGGGACAUCGUUAUCGAGAAGAUUGGCGACAAGCUUUUCUUCGACAAACGAGAUAACACCGAGUUCGAUCUUUUGACCGUGAACGAGACUAGCGUCGAGCCGCCACAGGACGACGGCAACUCGUUGAAUUCACCGAGAAAUUUGGCUUUGGAGGCGACUUUCAUUAACCAUAACUUUUCACAGCAAGUGCUCAAGUCGAACGAGCCACGAUACAAAUUCGAAGAGGGCAAUCCGUUCAUCUCGGAGGGGGAAGAGGAAAGCGACGUGGCUAGUGUGGCCUAUCGCUAUCGCAAAUGGGAUCUCAACAAUGGCAUAGUACUCGUUGCUCGAUGCGAGCAUGACGCCGUGAUGCAGGGCCCGAACAAUGAGAACCAAUUCCUGACGAUUAAAGCAUUGAACGAAUGGGACUCGAAGAUCGCCAAUGGAGUCGAAUGGCGUCAGAAGCUCGAUACGCAGCGUGGCGCGGUUUUGGCGAAUGAAUUACGCAAUAACGCCUGUAAACUCGCCAAAUGGACGGUUCAAGCGUUACUGGCCGGUUCGGAUCAGCUGAAAUUCGGAUACGUAUCGCGCGCUAUAGUGCGAGAUUCAAGCAAACACGUGAUUCUCGGUACUCAGCAGUACAAACCGAAUGAAUUUGCGACGCAAAUUAAUCUGAACAUGGAUAAUGCCUGGGGCAUACUAAGAUGUAUCAUUGACAUUUGCAUGAAGCAAAAGGAUGGUAAAUACCUGAUAAUGAAGGAUCCCAACAAGCCUAUGAUUCGAUUGUAUGAUAUUCCCGAUAAUACUUUCGAGAGCGAGGGCGAUGAAGACGAUGACGACGACGAGCCUGUUAAUGAUACGUUUCAAAGUUAACAGCCAUCAUUAAUUGAUUACGCUUUUACUAAAAUUUUUGUGGAAGUAGGAGUAUUAUAAAGAGAGAUAAAUAAAAAGAUUUCAAUGCGA